AUAGUGUCUUCCUGCAUGUUUUUUUUCCUUUACUAGCGACCCCAAUGGCAAUUUUUUGAAAAAGUUCCCAUUUAUUCAUGCUAUAGUAAAAAUCCCAUAUUUACAGUAUACAUGAUUCAUUUAUGAUGCACCUGGGUUGUCUAUGAACAGGAUAGAUGCAAGAUAUAAGGAAUAUGCGGUGCAUAUUAGGUACACCAAUAUUCUAAUCAUAUUUUAUUUUCCAAGCACAUUAUAUCAAUUCCAAAACACAUCAAUCUUGAUAACCACUAGUAAUUUUGUAUAUAAUCAUUUAUUGGUGAAAAUGUGAUAUGUAAUUGUUAACGAGGGCUCCAAUUCAAAAAGGCCUCAUAUUCAGAUGUACACAUCGUUAUUACGCAGGUUUUAUUUUACCGAUAAUAUGGGCCAAAAAAGAUAUUUAACUCGCACUAAACAAGUAAAAAAAUAUAUUAAAUGCCAAGAGAAGAAUGCAAAACUAUCGAAAUUGCUAAAUGAAUGUGUGAAAAUUUGACUGGAGAUGCUCAUUGGGGUCAUAAGAAAAAUUAUCUUAUCUAAAGUGUCUAAUAAAUGUUCCUUGUGACAAAACAGAAGAUACUUAUUGCUGAGACAGACAUUAUAUGUUUUCUAUUUUCAACCUAAUACUGCAAUGGUUUCAUGAGGUGUGCAUAUGUCCGUCCCCUAUAAUAUAUAUUUCUUAAUAAGGUAGAUAGAAUAGGACAUUGCAAAUAAUUAAGAUGUAAACACAUCUUAAAUAAAACAAGGACUAAAAGAAAUAAAAGAACAUCGAUAUUAAUAAUUUUUUUUUUCUAAUUAUCACAGUUCUGGGCAACUCGAAGAAAAAAGAAAGAAAGAGAGGGUCUCUGCUGUUUCUGAAAUUACCGUAAUAAAUGUAAUACCUGGACACACAUUUCUUUUAUUUUUUUUGUUUGCCGGAUGCAGUCAUGUGACUAACUGGAAUUGGAUGUCUGAAAGAAGUAACGGUGGGUCAGCAGUACCAAAGAAUGUCUAGGGCUCUGGUAGUACCAGUCUAUGGGUAGUACCCGCGCCCACACGCGGUUCUUCUGCCAAACUAUUCUCAAAAGCAGAUUGACGUACAGUGUUGUAUUAUCAUUGAUUAUGAGAGCGAUGCUAGACAUAACUAAUGCGAAAUUAGCUUGCUAGCUGCUAAUGUGAACUGUUUUUAGUUGGUUUACUGUAAUAUCGUUCGUCUGUAAAACGUACUUUCUGUGGAUGGAUCCGUCAGAGAGCGAUCAUGUUGCUUGUUCGAGGGACUUUGAAAACAGUUCAGACACAUGCACAGUUCUGCCACCAGAUGUUCCUCUAGCUGUGGUUGAGGAGAUCCUACUGAACUUGCCUGAACAUCAUGUGGUGCAAGUCUGUCGGCUGGUGUGUCGUGAGUGGAAGGAGCUGGUGGACAGUGCUGCACACUGGAGAGAGCGCUGUUGGAGAGAGGGGAUCCGGCCCUGUGAUGCUUCCAGACCCCCAGAGGACUGGCGCCUGUUUUACUUUUUAACUAAGAAACGACGGAACUUGCUCAAGAAUCCCAGUGCUGAUGAUGGACUUCAAGGAUGGGAGAUUGAACAGAAUGGGGAUGGCUGCUGGGUGGCAGAAGAAAAUAGAAAACUAUUUCCAGACAACACUGUCACAAAAUGUUUUUCAUCAUCACCUCGUUGGUUAUGUUUGAAGCAACAGCUGAUUGAUUUGACAGUAGAAGGUUAUAGUGAUGCUUUCAUGGAUCAACAGCAACCUCAUAUCAAAAUAUCAGACUGGUAUACCCCACAUUCUGAUUAUCGAACUGAAUAUCGGAUCUGUGUAGAGUUGCUUGAUGAGAGGAAGAACCCCAUCAGAACCUUUCAGCCUUAUAAAGUUUUCAUUAAUCAAGGGGGCAGUUAUCCAUGGUGUCAAAUGACCCACGUCUUUAAGGAUUAUGGACCUGGAGUUCGAUUUAUCCGUUUCACUCACGGUGGAAAGGAUGGACAGUUCUGGAGAGGCUGCUAUGGAAUACGGGUCACUAACAGUAGCGUGGAGAUCUGUCCUGCUGCAGAGAGGUUGAGAUGCACAAAACCUAACUUGCUCAAGAAUCCCAGCGCACAGGAUGGACUUCAUGGAUGGAAGAUUGUACGUAGUGGAGGUGACCACUGGGUGACGGAAGAAAAUAGGAAACCACUUCUGGAAACAGUCACCAGAUGUUUUAUAUCAUCUUAUGGGUUAUGUUUGAAGCAACAGCUGAUUGAUUUGACGAAAGAAGGUUAUAGUGGUGCUUUCAUGGAUCAACAGCAACCUCAUAUCAAAAUAUCAGACUGGUAUGCCCCAAUCUCUUGUUGUGGAAGUGAGUAUCAGAUCUGUGUAAAGUUGCUUGAUCAGUGGAAAAAACCCAUCAGAACCUUUCAGCCUGAGAAAGUUAUAUUUUCGUAUGGGAACGAUGAGCCGUGGUGUCAAAUGACCCACAUCUUUAGGGAUUAUGGACCUGGAGUUCGGUUUAUCUGUUUCACUCACGGUGGGAUGGAUACCCAGUUCUGGGCAGGCCAUUAUGGAGUACGGGUCACUAACAGUAGCGUGGAGAUCUAUUCCGCUGAUGACGGGUUCAGUCUCACUAAUCGUAACUUGCUCAAGAAUCCCAGUGCACAAAAUGGACUUCAAGGAUGGGAGAUUGUACAUGAUGGAGGUGACCACUGGGUGACAGGAGGAAAUAGGCAGAUAUUUCCAGUCAGAAGAUGUUUUGUAACGUCACAUGGGUUAUGUUUGAAGCAACAGCUGAUUGAUUUGACAGAAGAAGGUUAUAGUGGUGCUUUCAUGGAUCAACAGCAACCUCAUAUCAAAAUAUCAGACUGGUAUACCCCACAUUCUGAUUGUGGAAGUGAAUAUCAGAUCUGUGUAGAGUUGCUUGAUGACAAGAAGAAACCCAUCAGUACCUUUCAGCCUGAGAAAGUUUACUUUCAAAAGGGAAAAAUGUAUCCAUGGUGUCAAAUGGCACACGUCUUUAUGGAUUAUGGACCUGGAGUUCGGUUUAUCCGUUUCACACAUGGCGGGAAGGAUACACAAUUUUGGAAAGGCCAGAAUGGAAUACAGGUCACGAACAGUAGCGUGGAGAUCUAUCCAGUCUGAUGCUACAGAGUGUUUUCCACAUGUUUUUAUUAUUAUUUUACUUUUUUACAUUCCUACAUUUAACAGGUGCAAAAGUGACCUUGAAAUUGGGAAUUGUAAUGAUACAUUAUGCCAUAAGGAUAUAAAUCAAAUAUGUAUCAAAUACAAUAUAAUGUUUAUAUCUUAGAAUAUGUCAGUGCCGUUGUUUUGUCUCAAGAUGCACACCAGAAUUGUUUUUUUCUAAGACUUUAUAGAGUUUAUAAUGCUCUAAUUGAAUUAAGGCCUAAUCCUGAGAUAUAUAUGUUAUACUGUUAAAAUGAAGGAACUUAGUAGACGACUAUAACUACAGCCGUAGACAUGCAAUGACUGCUUAUGAAAUAAAUUGCUUCAGUGCCAUACAGUUACAGCCAAUAAAUGUCUCAAAGUUAUUGUGUGUAAAUGAUGUUAUGUUCAACAUUAAAGCUUUGAACUUAUAAAUGUACAUUGAUGCUUGAUUAUGAAAUAAAAGUUGAAGGUCUGGGGCUUAAA